CUUCUUUCUCUUGUUAACAUAUUAUUCAUUGCUAAAGACCAAAGAUAUAUAUGGCUUCUUCUUUGGCUCUUGCUCUCUACUCCCUGGUUGUUGGCUUCUUUCUGUACUGCCUUCUUAACCUGCGCACCCUCCUCAACCGCCAACCGCGGCCACUCCCGCCGGGGCCGAAGCCGUGGCCCGUAAUCGGGAACCUGCCCCACCUGGGCACGAAGCCUCACCACUCCAUCGCGGCCCUGGCGCGGGAGUACGGCCCGCUGAUGCACCUCUGGAUGGGGUCGGUGCACGUGGUGGUGGCCGCGUCGGCCUCGGUCGCCGCGCAGUUCCUGAAGACGCACGACGCCAACUUCUCGAGCCGGCCGCCCAACUCGGGGGCCAAGCACAUCGCUUAUAACUACCAAAACCUUGUGUUUGCGCCGUAUGGGCCGCGGUGGCGGAUGCUUAGAAAGAUAUGCUCGGUUCACUUGUUCUCUGCUAAGGCUUUGGAUGACUUCCGCCACGUCCGCCUGGAGGAGGUAGCCAUCCUCACGCGCGGCUUGGCGAGUGCGGAAGAAUCCACCACCGUAAAUCUCGGACAACUCCUCAACCGAUGCACCACAAACGCCCUUGGACGCGUGAUGCUGGGGCGUCGUGUGUUUAGCGACGGGGACGCGAAAGCAGACGAGUUCAAGUCCAUGGUUGUGGAGCUGAUGGUACUCUCGGGAGUCUUCAACAUCGGCGACUUUGUACCGUGGCUCGAGUGGCUCGAUUUACAAGGGGUGGCCAAAAAAAUGAAGAAGCUGCACUCGCGGUUUGAUGCGUUUCUCAGUGAGAUUCUUGAGGAGCAUAAGGUGGGUGGCGGGGCCCAGAAUCACGCUACUAGUAAUUUGUUGAGUACGUUGAUUUCUCUGAAGGAGGAUGGUGAUGGUGAUGGUGAUGGUGAUGGUGAGGGAGGGAAGUUGACUGAUACAGAGAUCAAAGCCUUGCUCCUGGACUUGUUCGCAGCAGGAACUGACACCUCAUCUAGCAAUGUAGAGUGGGCCGUAGCAGAACUCCUUAAACAUCCCAAAGUCCUAGCCAAAGCCCAACAAGAGCUGGACUCAAUUGUUGGCCCGGGCCGGCUCGUAAUGGAGUCCGACUUGCCCCAAUUAACCUACCUCCAAGCCAUCAUCAAGGAAACCUUCCGGCUCCACCCAUCGACCCCGCUCUCUCUCCCGCGGAUGGCGGCCGAAAGCUGCGAAAUCAAUGGCUACUUCAUCCCGAAGGGCUCGACUCUUCUCGUCAACGUGUGGGCCAUAGCCCGUGAUCCGGAUGCAUGGGCCAAUCCCUUAGAGUUCUUGCCAGAGCGGUUCCUCCCUGGCGGGGAAAAGCCCAAUGCUGAUAUUAGAGGGAACGAUUUUGAGGUCAUUCCGUUUGGGGCGGGCCGGAGGAUAUGUGCCAGGAUGAGCCUUGGGCUUCGGAUGGUCCAGCUAUUAACCGCGACAUUGGUCCAGGCCUUCAACUGGGAAUUGCCUAAGGGGAAAUCGGUCGAGAAGCUUAAUAUGGAUGAAGCAUACGGGCUGACCUUACAGCGGGCCGAUCCCCUCAUGGUCCACCCAAGGCCGAGGCUAGCGGCCCGUCUGUAUCAGGCCUGAGAGGUUGUUUAGUUAGAUGAGAACUGGGCUAUGGGUUUGGUGGGCCUCUGUAGAUGAAGUGGAAUAAUUGAGCGCUAAUGUUUUAUUGUUUCUGGAGCUAUUUGGAUUUUUGUGUGUGUGUGUCUCUAUUUUGGACUCUCUUUAUCUUCCUCUACUUGUUUACUUCAAUAGUAGUAUUCGUCUAAGCGUGUUCCAUAUCCA